AUGGGCAGAGCAUCCCGGGGGGUGGGCGGAGGGGCCGAGGGCUGGACAAAGGGUCCGGUCCGGUCCUGUGCGGUGCGGUCUGCUCCUGACCGGUCCUGUCCGGUCCUGUGCGGUGCGUUCUGCUCUUGUCCGGUCCUGUGCGGUGCGUUCUGCUCCUGUCCGGUCCUGUCCGGUCCUGUGCGGUGCGUUCUGCUCCUGUCCGGUCCUGUGCGGUGCGUUCUGUUCCUGUGCGGUGCGUUCUGCUCCUGUCCGGUCCUGUCCAGUCCUGUGAGGUGCAGUCCGGUCCUGUGCGUGCGGUCUGAACCUGUCCGGUCCUGUCCGGUCCUGUGCGGUGCGUUCUGCCCCUGUCCAGUCCUAUCCAGUCCUGUGCGGUGCGUUCUGCUCCUGUCCGGUCCUGUCCGGGCCUGUGAGGUGCAGUCCCCGGGCCUGUGCCGUCCUAUCCGGUCCUGUGCGGUGCGUUCUGCUCCUGCCCAGUCCUGUGAGGUGCGGUCCGGUCCUGUGCGGUGCGAUCUGCUCCUGUCCGGUCCUGUGCGGUGCGUUCUGCUCCUGUCCGGUCCUGUCCAGUCCUGUGAGGUGCAGUCCGGUCCUGUGCGGUGCGGUCUGCUCCUGUCCGGUCCUAUCCAGUCCUGUGCGGUGCGUUCUGCUCCUGUCCGGUCCUGUGCGGUCCUAUCCGGUCCUGUGCGGUGCGUUCUGCUCCUGCCCAGUCCUGUGAGGUGCAGUCCGGUCCUGUGCGGUGCGGUCUGCACCUGUCCGGUCCGGUCCUGUGCGGUGCGUUCUGCUCCUGCCCAGUCCUGUGAGGUGCAGUCCGGUCCUGUGCGGUGCGAUCUGCACCUGUCCGGUCCUAUUCGGUCCUUUGCGGUGCGUUCUGCUCCUGCCCAGUCCUGUGAAGUGCAGUCCGGAUCUGCACCGGUCCGGUCCGGUCCGGUCCUGUGCGGUGCGUUCUGCUCCUGUCCAGUCCUGUGAGGUGCAGUCCGGUCCUGUGCUGUGCGUUCUGCUCCUGGCCGGUCCUGUCCAGUCCUUGAGGUGCGGUCCGGUCCUGUGCGGUGCGAUCUGCACCUGUCCGGUCCGGUCCGGUCCGG